GAAAAAUCCCUAUGGAAAGCACGAGAUCAUCAAGAGAGUCGAUCAAAUCGAUCUUGAUCGUGGCUGGAAUUCCUCUUGCUUUUUCUGUUGCUUGUUCUCUGAUUGCUAGGAUUAAGGACAGAAAGAUCUCAUCUUUGCAGGAUCGAGUCGAAGAAACUGAAUUCGAUCAAGAUAAUGGUGAUUAUAUAAACAAUACCCAUGAUGUAAGUUAUCUCAAAGACCAAAUCUUUGCUCUCAGAAGUAAAACCGAAGAGCUUCAAGAGCUUGAACUCGAGAUAGAAGAUCGGUUCUUUCGGUUUAUCGAGCUGAAAGAUCAAGAACACGCUUUGAUGGAGGUUCAGAACAGUUUACUUAUGGAGAAAGAAAGAACUGAGUUCUUGGAAAGGGAGGUGUCAUCAACGGAGGUAGAAAACAAGAAGUUUGAUGAGAUGGUGAUAGAGUAUCUAAAAGCUUUGGAAGAACUCGAAGAUUUAAGAUUUGAAAAUGGUUUUCUCCGAAGAAAGGUGGACAAAAUGAAAGGGUCGAUGAGGAAAAGGAAUUCGAAGAUCGAAGCACAAGAAGCGGAGUUGAAAGGAAAAGAAAACGUGGUUGGGGAAUUCGAACGUCGAGUUGAGGAAAUGCGAGUGACGAUUGGUUUACUGCGGGACGAGAAGGACGAGGUUUUGAGCAAGCUCGAUGCUGCAGAAAACGUAGUAACGUCGAAGGCCGAAGCUGAACUGAUACUGGUGGAGAACUACAAUCAAGUAGUAAACGAGUUACAACGGCUUCAGAAGGAUCGAACAGCAGAAGUGAAAGAACUAAUAUACCUUCGAUGGUGUCAUGCAUGUUUAAAGCACGAGCUAGCAAGAAGGAAUCAGAUCGAACAAGAACAAAAACUAGAAGACAAACCGAUUACUGAGCCACAAAAUGACGGUGGUGUCAUAAUGCACGAUUCCCACAAUGAUGGCAUGAUGCACCACAAUAUGCGGGUUUUCGGACACGAUGAAUCACACUCAAAGAAACGAUGGUUGGUUAAAAAGUUCAAGAAAUGGGUCGAUGGAAAUGGGAAGGAUCACGAGGUUAAGUGCUUUGGAAGCCAUUCAGUUAUCGACGAUGCUGAGGAGCGACAUUCGGCCGGAAGGAAGUCGUUUUCUAGUGUUUAAGCGAUUUGAAAGAUUGACGUGACCAUCAAAAUCUAUCAUAAUUUUUAGAUAUAGAAAAAAACAUAUGACAUGUGAACGGCGAAUAAAAAUCUCGUCCUAAAUUUUUAUGUUUCAUUUAUAUCCACUAU